AUGUCUCAGAAGUCGAAGCACUCCCGGGCACGCAAAAUCUGUGUCUGCUAUCUCCCGCAUCUUUUCCUCGUCUACCUGCCGACCACAUCUGCUCUUACGACCAAGAAGCUCAGCUCGCCAGACGCUUCCUAUCGAUUUUUACCAGGUUUCAUCACCGGGCUCGCCAUGGCUUCGGCUCCGUGUAACAUUGUGCAGCAAACACAAUAUUGUCUCGAUCAGAUCAGGGCAAGCAAUGAACCUGCGAGAGUGUUCCUCCUGCUCGGCCGAACGGGCGUGGGCAAGUCCUCCCUAUUCGAAGAUCUCACCGGCACAGAGGGCCAUUCACGAAACUCGAGCGAUCCUGUGACGACGACAUUCCAGCUCGACGAAGCCUUAAUCAACGGGCAGCGAUACUUCUUCAUGGACACACCUGGUUUCGACGCCGGGGAUGAACUACAAGCCUUCCGCGAAAUUGGCCGCGGCAUAGAGGCGAUCCGUCACCACGCCGCCAUAGUCGGAGUACUCUAUGUCACCAGGAUUAACUACUCUCGAAUCGAACACCUCGACCGAAAGCUCCUCGAGUUCCUCGGCUCGUUCUGUGGGGAUAGGUACAUCCCCCGGAUCACAUUCGUCACGACGCAUUGGACUCUCUCACAAGGCCCAUACCCCGUUGAAGAGGAUAAAUUUGUCAAGCUGCGUUCCCUGUGGGCCGACUUCUUGACAAAAGGAGCGAAGUUGUAUCAACACGGUCAAAGAUAUAGCGACCAAGGCGAGGAUACGGGAACUUGUCUGUCCUGGGAUUCGCAGCGCCGCGAGAUCGCCGAGCAUGCUAGAGGCGUGGUGUCCCGUUGUUAUGGUGAGGUGAACCCGGGAAAGCCCAAAAUAGUCGAGGAGCUUGGUGCAAACAUCCCUCUCUACCGCACGGCUGCUGCCAUGGCUCUUGGUCUUACCACAGAAUCUCCAUCCGCACCAUCCAACGAGCCAGGAGAGAAGCAUUCGACCCAAAAUUGGGUACCGGGCGAGUCGUCCCGUCCACGGGCACCUAGGGAAACAGGCGAGACAGCUGGCCCGUCGCAUUCGCCGGGUACGGGGCAAACCGAGUCAGGGAUAUCCUGGUACAACGUUGGACUCGACCUGCUCGGCGCCGUGUUGAAAAAUGCACAAAUCAAUAUGUCAGUGGGAGGCGGUGCCACAAGUUGUGGCACCGGAGGGUAUCGGUGGCCUAGGUCCAGCUUCCGAGGUACUGGUUGGGAUCCAAACUCGAGUAUCGACCAGUUCAAGCGGCAAGGUAAGCCUUCUGACCUGGCUUUUCGAAGGGCCGUGGGGCGGGAACGCGGCAUCUUCAAUGUCGGCACCAGGGAAGGGAACGAUAGCCUUCUUCGUAGUGUGAGGGAAAACCCCCUCUGA